AUGCUAAUGUGGCUCUUCCACUGCGGCAGCUCCAGCCGAGGAAAGGCGCUGGUCCAGCGCCUCCUGCCCGUCUCCUGCCUCCAGGCAGCUGCACCGCCUCCUCCUCCCCCGGCCGUGGGAUUUAAGGCGGGGACAGUGAGCGGCAGAGCUGUGUCUGCGGGGGGGACCUGCAUCCCCUUGGAGCUGUUGUGGCCGCUCGGGCGAUGCUCAGCUGAGCUCCCUCUCUCUUUGUCUCCCCUCCAGCUCGCCAACAAAGCGCGGACGGAGAAGGAAGAGAAGAUGAGCCAGGCGUAUGCAAUUAGUGCUGGUGUCUCUCUGGAGGGGCAGCAGCUCUUCCAGACUAUACAUAAGACCAUUAAAGACUGUAAAUGGCAGGAGAAGAACAUAGUUGUGAUGGAAGAAGUCGUUAUCGCCCCUCCCUAUCAAGUGGAAAACUGUAAAGGCAAAGAGGGAAGCGCGCUGAGUCACGUACGCAAAAUAGUGAGUACGGGCAGG